UUUCUCUGAAAAAUGUCAGGCUUUAUUUGAAGAGAAGUCGAGAUUUCUUCUUUGAUGUUAUUUUCUUUCCCUCUCUAUUCUAUCGGCAACGUUUUGUAGAUUGAUGGCUGGGUAUAGAGCUGAAGACGACUAUGAUUAUCUUUUCAAGGUGGUUUUGAUCGGAGAUUCUGGGGUAGGGAAGUCGAAUUUGCUUUCGAGAUUUACUCGGAACGAGUUCAGUUUGGAGUCCAAGUCUACGAUUGGUGUGGAGUUCGCUACCAGGAGCUUGAACGUCGAUGGCAAGGUCAUCAAAGCUCAGAUUUGGGACACGGCGGGCCAAGAGAGGUACCGGGCCAUCACUAGUGCUUACUACCGAGGUGCAGUUGGUGCAUUGCUCGUGUAUGAUGUGACCCGACAUGCAACAUUUGAGAACUGUGAGCGGUGGUUGAAGGAGUUGAGGGACCAUACAGACCCCAAUAUCGUUGUUAUGCUAAUUGGGAACAAGUGUGACCUCCGUCACCUUGUGGCUGCUUCUACUGAGGAUGGUAAAUCCUUUGCCGAGAGGGAGUCUCUGUACUUCAUGGAGACUUCUGCACUGGAAGCAACAAAUGUGGACAAUGCCUUUGCUGAGGUUCUAACCCAGAUCUACCGUAUCGUGAGCAAGAAAGCAGUGGAAGCUGGUGAUGAGGGAGCAGCUUCUUCUGUUCCCAGCAAAGGAGAGAAGAUAAACGUCAAAGAUGAUGUGUCGGCACUGAAGAGAGUUGGAUGCUGCUCAAGCUAAGGUUUAAGAUUCUGAAUGUAUUUGUGUUUAGGAGGGUGUAGUAUGGUGUUUUUGCUACAUCUCUUCCUUCUGUAUACACCAUGGUUAUGUAAGAUUUUCUCAGGGAUACAGAACCAGGAGAAGGUUUUGGGCGGGGGGGGGGGGGG